AACUACCACACAACACAACCUCUCGUCUUAACUUAAUUGUCCAUAUGGCGCCGACAGUUAAAACGGCGGUCGUUAAAACAAACGGCUGCGACGGCGGAAUCAAAGAAACCCGUUACAGAGGAGUGAGAAAGAGGCCAUGGGGUCGUUACGCCGCCGAGAUCAGAGAUCCGUACAAGAAGACACGUGUCUGGCUCGGAACCUUCGACACUCCAGAAGCAGCCGCUCGUGCCUACGACAUAUCCGCGCUUCGUUUCCGUGGCGCUAAAGCCAAAACCAACUUCCCUCCUCAACCUUCUGUGGUCGACAACAACGAGAGUCCAACACAAAGCAGCACCGUGGAAUCAUCUUCGAUUCCGGAUCUCAAUCUCGGCUCAAGAUUCCCUUUCCCGAAGCCUGGGAUGAUCUUGUUCGAGGAAGAGUCGACGAGGAGUGAAUCGGACUCGUCGUCUGUGGUGAUGGAUGUGAGUCCAGAGAGACGGUCGCGACGUGUGUUGUUGGAUUUGGAUCUUAAUCUCCCUCCGAAGCCUGCGGACUAAUCUUGUGUAGAUGAAUUGUAAUAUGGUCUGAAUCGAGAGUAAACUAUAGAUGAAGCUUUGUCUCUGUUAGGAAUUAUCGAUCGUUUGAUUGCUUAACUAAAUAACACAUAGAAUUUGAUCACCGAGUUCCCGGCCUCUAGCACGGUACGUCUCGGGUGGGAACCGUCUCCCACAACAUCCACUAUCAAUCAAAGGGGUUUACACAAACGCUUUAAGCGCUCUACACAACAGAGAAUUAGAAAGAUCAAAGAAACUCUCUCCCG